GUUGUUGAGUGGACGUGCGUCGUAACGCUUGAGCUUCGCACUGUAGUUUAGUUCACCGUGUACAUAAUGUUAUCUUAGACGCUGGCCCAAUUCAUGAGAUAUGACGGGCCAAUUAAUUAUUAUUAAUGAGUUUCUAACGUUUGUACAAAACAAAUUGGAUAUACUAGACGAACAAAGUAUCACCCAGAUUUGUGCUACCAAUUUUACAGACACAGAAAUUGAAGAUGGAAAAGGUAUUCUGUAUAAAUCGUGUGGUGAUAAAGUGAGACAUGUGCAGCGUAAAGGAGAUGACAAGAAGAAACGGAAUAUCAAGGAUGUUAUUAGGUUAUUGAAGGAAGUAGACCCCGAUGCGCAGCCUAACUUUGUUGCCAAGGACUUAAACCGGUUGCCACCGGUUUUGUUUGACCAUGUUGAUGUUACACGAAUUUUGAAGGAUAUGUUGAAUAUGAAAAACGAUCUUGUAAAAUUUCAGUUAAAAUUGAGUGCGGAACUUGGUGAAUUACGCAACUCCAUUCAACAAAUAGAAAAAAAAAAAAAAAAAAAUAAUGUGACGACUCCCCAAAAGAGGAAAUCUUCAUUAACAGCUGCGACUCCGCCAUCACUGCAACCUACUCCUGCAAGAGUAGCACGGAGUUCGAUUACCCCGACCAACCGUAAAAACGUGCAUAAGAGAACAGACUUAUCAUCACAGUCGAAUUCGCUUCCGCCUGUGACAGUACCACCGCCUGCACGCACACACGCACCCUGCGAUGUAAAUGCGUAUACGCCGACCUAUCGCGAUAUCGUUUUCGAAACGGCCCGACCGCGGCAAACAAGAAGCGCCCGAAUGGCACAUGUGAGUGCGGGUCAAUCUAGCGUAACAGCUUACGCUGCACCUGCCGUGGUGAGCGAUGCGUCGAGUCAUAACGAAACAAUGACGCAUGUUAAAAAUGCGACAUUUACGGUUGUAGAAAAUAAAAAAAAAUUGAGCAAAUUGAGAAAUAUGCGAGGAACAGGAACCUCGGACGCGCAGUGUAAAAUCAAAGUAGCGGACCCCCAUUGCUACAUAUAUAUUUCUCGUGCCCAGAAAUCGGUCUCUGUAGAUAAUAUUUUACACCACAUUGCGGACAUGGGUGAAGAAUGCAUAUGCGUCGAGCAGCUCAUACAGCGACAUGAAACAUCCUUUAAUUCUUUUAAAGUCACGAUACCUACCCAGAAACUUGAAAUCUUUUUGGAUGGGAAGUUUUGGCCUGCUGGGUUGGUAUAUAGACGGUACAAAGAGCGAUAUACGAAGACCGCCGCUAAAUAUGAUCGAUAAUGUCAGUACAG